AUGGCUGCUGGACAUAUUCUACCAGGUUAUGGAGACCCAGUGACAAGGUUGCGGAGAGUGCUGUCAGUUGGAUGCUAUCCCUUAAACAGCACAGCCUUGAGAGAAUGUGAGAAGGCUGCAUGUUUAUCUCAGCAAGAGUUUUCUCAGAUAAGAGAAACCGCAAGACAACUCUGGAGCAAGCAGUAUCCUCGAAUGACUACUUAUGAAACAUAUUUUAGUAAUGGUGAAAUUAGAGAGGUAACACAGACAAGACCAACGUCAAGUGAUCGGCAUAAUAAUCCACACCCCACACAAUUAUUCAUUACAAACAAGCUCCACUUUAUAGAAGGCUUCCACAAACCUGACACAACUUUAGGAACAAGUGCAUACCGAGUUGAUGCAGGUGUAAGUUCAGCAGAGAAAAGACACAGACAAUCCUUGCAUGAAAACUAUGUGGCAAGGCCUGACUCAGCAUUGACUUAUCUAUACAAGGAUCCUUAUGGCUUCAAAAAAGUGUUACCACCAAUAGAAGCACAGGCUGCUGAAGCAUGGGUCAAGCUGGCAGACGAUGUUGAUCAUAACAGAGUCAUGGAAGUCUUGAAAGAACAAACAGAUGUACUGAAACCAAAUAACAACACAGCCCGCCCAAAAAGUGCUUAUCCAUCAUUACACAGAUGGAUGAAAAUGUGUGGAGCUGAAGAAAAUGAGGCAAUCUCUAAAGUGAUGCAACAACCUUCAGCUAGAAACUGUCAAAGCCCUAGCAAGGAACUUCAACCAGUGAGAAGUGCUAGUAAAAAAGAAGCAUGUACAAAGAACCCAUGCAUUCACACUAAGUUGAGACGAGGGGAGUACAGUAUACAUCCCAACUGGCCUACUUCCCUUUUACAUCACAGAGUCCCGUAA